GAAAAAGUGUGGAAGAUGAUGAACUCUUCUCUUCUAACUCCUUCUUCAUCUUCUUCCCAUGUCCAAACUCCAGCGACGACCUUUGACCAUGAAGAUUUCCUCGACCAAAUCUUUGCUUCCUCCCCUUGGCCCUCCGACGAAGCUCAUCCUCCGCCGCCUCCGUCCUCUGAUGGCUUCGUCGACUCUAGGCAUCAACAGAUCAUGAUGAUGCCUUUGUCGUCUCAUCAUCAAAACGAGGUCGUUGAUGGCUCCUCCGUCCACGCUCUUUACACUGGCUUCUCUGCUGGCGGAUCUCUCCCUUUCCACAUCCCUCAGGGAUCAGGAGGUGGGCUAAUUAAUCAGCAAGGACAAACCCUAACGCAAAACCAACCGCAGGGAAGUGCGUCUACAGCUACUGGCGGUACGGCGGCGGCUCCACCGCAGAGUAGGACUAAAGUCAGAGCUAGAAGAGGCCAAGCAACUGAUCCUCACAGUAUCGCCGAAAGGUUACGACGAGAGAGAAUUGCGGAGAGAAUGAAAGGUCUUCAAGAACUCGUUCCUAACGGCAAUAAGACGGACAAGGCAUCGAUGCUCGAUGAAAUUAUAGAUUAUGUCAAGUUCUUACAGCUCCAAGUCAAGGUACUGAGCAUGAGCAGAUUGGGUGGUGGUGCUUCCGUUCCUUCUCAAAUCUCUGAGGCAGAUGGGUCCCACGGGAACGCAGCCUCUGGCGGGGGUAAUCAGGCGACGGGAAACUCCAACGACAGCUUGACGAUGACGGAGCAUCAAGUAGCGAAGCUGAUGGAAGAAGACAUGGGCUCGGCGAUGCAAUACCUUCAAGGGAAAGGCCUUUGUCUAAUGCCUAUCUCUUUAGCCACAGCCAUCUCAACUGCCACGUGUCACUCGCGUAACCCUUUGAUCUCUGGAGCUGCCGGCGUCGGAGGUCGUUCUUCUUCUCCCAAUCUUUCCGGCAUGACGACACAGUCAACGGUGAAGUUAAAUGGUAACGGCGUGACUGAGGGAUUGUUGCCUAUCUCCGUUAAAGAGGCUGUAUUGGUUUCCAAGCCGUGAUAACGUCUUCUUUAUUUCUUGGGGUUAGGCAAAGAUACCAAAAAGUGGGAUGGACUGGGGAUGAAAGUAAGCCAACUUUUGGUCAAAGUCUACGAACAAUAAGGUUGAGAUCUUUGAUAUGUUUUUUUCUAUACGACGCCGUAUUUCUCGUAGAGUUUUGGUACAAAACCACUCAGGC